UUUCCCACAUCGAAACAAAAUCCUCACUUUCACUUACAUAUUUAUUCCAAUAAUGUCCGGCGUUUGGGUGUUCAAGAAUGGGGUGGUCCGGCUGGUGGAGAACGGUGGCAGCGACAGUCCUCGCCGGAAAGUGAUGGUCCACGUGGCAUCGGGUGAAGCCAUCACAUCGUACUCGGUUCUUGAGAGAAUCUUGUUUUCACUAGGGUGGGAGAGGUACUACGAUGAUCCGGAGCUGCUGCAGUUCCACAAGAGAUCUACGGUGCACCUCAUCUCUCUCCCCCGAGACUUCAACAAGUUCAAAUCCAUUCACAUGUACGACAUCGUUGUCAAGAAUCGAAACGAGUUCGAAGUCAGAGACAUGUGAUGUCAUGUCAUCCUUCUUAAUUAAUUACUAUAUAUUAUGAUUUGUGUGUGUGUGUGUGUGUUAAUAAUUAAGUUGUUGAGUUUGUUGUGUUCGUAGUUUAAUUAGAGAAUUAGAGUUAUUGUUUGUUUUGUACAAAAUGGUUGUCUACUAAUUACGUUGUUUAAGUUUGUAAUGAAUUGGUUGUGUGAGAUGAUUUAUGUAAGGUAUUCAAUUGGCUCUGA